AAGGUAAUUGAAAUCAACCUAAAGUUCCUUUUUCAUUACUCUAAAUAGGGUGAUCUACUUGUGCUAGUCUGGACAAACAUUUCUCAUAUCUAUUAUAUACAUGCAAUGAUAAUGAGAACUUAUGAAUGGUGCGCCAAAUUGACAAUCAACAUAACCGAUACAGAAAGACCAUGGAAACUUGGGAAGCAUUUAGAGCAAGGACUAAUACAACGUUUGUCAUACGAGAAGUGAGCAGAUCAUCAGAACCAAGUUUUCUCCAGGAGCAACAAUUUUGCUAGUACAACUUUUCCCCAUUUUGUCACAAAAAUUUAGGUGCAGUCAGAUGUUCAACAUUUAAAAAAAGUUGUUCAGCUUUGACUACUUUUAUUUCUUAGUGUGCCAAAUAUAACUACAGAAUAAUAUGUAAUGUGAGGGACUGAUGUUAUUAGAAUCAAAACCCAUCCUUCCAAAAGAGAAAUCAUCCGCUAAGUAUGGCGCACCUAAGAAGGAAUUGGAUUUGUAUAACCGCAGUCUCCUAGAAGAAAGGGACAAGCAUGGUACCAGCAUCAUUUAGAUAGUAAAAACCAAGGCUUCAAUUACUGUACCACUUCAAGAUAUCGUUUAUCAAAAGAUUGCCUUCAGCAGACAGAAUUUAGCAUAUCUAUUUUGCAAAUAUGAUUUCAAAGAUAUUUUCAACUGCAAGACAGAAAAAUAACAAAGAACUCAAGAAAAUUAAUGAUGUGCAAAAGUUACAAGCUCAGAGACUUCUAGGGAAAAAAAAAAAAAAAAAGGUUCAUCUCAAUGACAUGAUUGUCACGGCAGUGUUCAAAUGUAUAUUUGAUUUUUUUUUUCUAGCACAUCUAAUAAUGGGCUAUACAAGAGGAAAUAAGCUCUCCUCAAUUUCUAAAUCUCUCCCAACUAGAUUCAAGUUUGAAUCUAAGAUUUUUAACUCAGAAUCUUAAGCUUUUAAUGAUGGCGCACAACCUAAAAGGUGCAAGUCCUUAGCAGUGUUAUUUUUAUAGGAAGUUUAAGUGUUAGUUUAGUAUUUGGACUUAAGUAUUAGUUUGUCCCUUAUAAAUAUUCUUACUACAACAUUACAAAUUAGUUUUUGAUGAAUUAAAAUAAAUUUCCAACCCUAAU